ACGGCGGCUAAAGGCCAGAGCGCGAAAUAUAUACAUAAGUAUAUGUAUAAUUUGAGAGAUACAUAUACAGAAUAUAGCCCAUGGUAUAUAUACAUAAGUCUUAUACUAUAUAUGGAGCAAUAUUAAAGUGAAGAAUUCUCAGUUUGACAAAAGCGAAAUGUGAAAAUUGACGUUGUACGAUACGUAUUUGUGUGUGUUGUGUGUCUUUGUGUGUGCGUGUGGGGUGGGUUGGUCAUGAAAGUUACAUGCCCCACCGUACAACAGCGAAAAAGAAAUCAAACUAAAACAAAUCUACAUUCGAGUAAUUUGACUCGACAACAGACACAGCCACAGCCACAACCACAGCCACAGCUAUAGCCAUGGUGAUAAGCAAACCCGACUCGUCGACGAAUGGGGCGGCGGCGGAAGCGGCUGCAGGUGCAGCUGCAGGUCUGGAUGCUUCUGCGAAUAGCAUGGGACAUAGGUCGGGCAUACCACAGGAUCAAAUAGACAAUAUUUUGAGCGGCAUAUCCAACACGGGGGAUGUCAAAAUGAACAAUCAUCGCAAGAAGCUGCGACAAAGAUUUGAUAUUAUUAAAAAGUUAGGUCAAGGCACAUAUGGCAAAGUGCAGCUUGGUAUUAAUAAGGAAACGGGCCAGGAGGUGGCCAUCAAAACGAUAAAGAAAUGUAAAAUUGAGGCUGAGGCAGAUCUCGUGCGCAUUCGACGGGAGGUGCAAAUCAUGAGCUCAGUGCAGCAUCCCAACAUUAUACACAUAUAUGAAGUAUUUGAGAACCGCGAGAAAAUGGUGCUGGUCAUGGAGUUUGCCGCUGGCGGUGAGCUAUACGACUACCUGUCCGAACGCAAGGUGCUUAGCGAGGAGGAAGCACGUCGCAUUUUUCGUCAAGUGGCUACGGCCGUCUACUAUUGUCACAAGCACAAGAUAUGCCAUCGCGAUCUGAAGCUGGAAAACAUACUGCUCGAUGAACAGGGCAACGCCAAGAUUGCCGACUUUGGUCUGUCUAAUGUGUUCGACGAUCAGCGCCUGCUCGGCACUUUCUGCGGGUCACCAUUGUAUGCCUCGCCGGAGAUUGUAGAAGGCACACCCUACCAGGGACCCGAGGUGGACUGCUGGUCCUUGGGCGUGCUGCUCUAUACUCUAGUCUAUGGUUCCAUGCCCUUUGAUGGUUCCAACUUCAAAAGACUUGUCAAACAGAUCAGCCAAGGCGACUACUAUGAGCCACGCAAGCCGUCACGUGCUUCCACACUCAUUCGGGAAAUGUUGACGGUGUCUCCACAGAAGCGAGCCACUAUCGAGCAGAUUUGUUCGCAUUGGUGGGUGAACGAGAACGACAAUGUCUCCUGCCUUGAUUUGGCUGAGGAUUUGGCUAAUCAAACGCCGGUUCGCCUCGAUGUACUCCUGUCACUGACACCUGCUGCCAUUACCGCAGAUCAGCUGGUGGUACCAUCGGCAGAGGGCGCAGCAGCCGCAGCAGCAGCUGCCAAGGCUGCGGCCAAUGAACGCGUUCAACGCUCGCAUUCGGUGGGCUCCAUACGUGAUAUUGGUGGGCCCAACACAGAGGCAGAGCGUCGCAUUCUUGACAUGGUUGCUGCUGGUGGUGAAGCUGCACUGAUGCCUUCACCCACACGCACCAUAACACCCGCCCAGAGCCCCGUGCAAGCCAAGCGCAAGCUGCAGCCCACGGUUUCCACCGAGAACGCUGCCGGCACUACGGCCAAAAAGAAGGAGAAGCCGGCCAACAGUUCAUUUGUGGUCAGCGAAGCCACAGCACCAUCACUUGCGCCACCAACACCAACUGCACCACUUGCGCCAACACCAAUAACUGCGCCCCAGGCUAUGGAGACUGAGAGCUUUACCCCUGCUGACGAGCAGUCAACGUCCACGACGGCGCCCAGCUACUCCCCACAGGAUAUGCAGCAAGUUGGCAAUCUAUGCGAGCAACUUAUUAGCGAACCAGUUGCACCACUCGCCAAUGCGUUACCGCGACAGUCUACACGACCCAAACUAGAUGCGGUCGUAGAAACACCCGAGGAGAAGGACGCCACUAAAGUGAUAAAAAAAUUUGUGAACAAACACAAGACCGCCGAUUUGGUGAAUGCGAUCAAUGAGAGUGCCACAGGAAAAGCCACGCCCAGCAGCAAUUCUGCAUCGCAGCCGCCCCCCCUAGCACCCUUCGUCCGCAAGUGUAGCCUGCAAGACGAGUCCACACUCAACAAGUUCAAUGCGGAUCGUCGCAAGUCGCGCAUCCUAGAAACAGCAGAAAAGUUUCAACCGCCGCCUCCAAUAUCGACAGCGCCUGAGAAGCCUAAAAAGCUCAGCAUACCCGGCGUUAGCGUAGGCAGCUUUAAAAAGGAGUUCGAGCGCAAGGCCAUAAACCCGACUCCUGUGGCCGGACCCACACCAGGUGAGCGUCGCGCUCAGGAGCAGGUGGCCGCCGCAGCUGCCGCGGCUCAAGAGGCUGAGGCACAGGAAGCCUUGGUCACUCCACCACCUUCGCCAGUAGUGUCUGGAACUCUAGAGGCCAGCGAUUCUAAGAACUCUGUGUCCUCCAUUUCGCUUGAAGAGGCACGUCGCUCUAUGGAGAACUCGAUUGCGUUGCUGCGACAGGCUGAGAACGAGUCCAACAAGGAACUGGACCAGCUUUGCGCCCAAACAGAGACGAUUGGCGUUAGCGAAAUAACAGCGGAGGAGCGCGAGCGUAAGUUGAAGAAUGCACGCGCCAUAAUCGGAAACGCCAUACAGCCGGUGAUACGCAGGCCAACACCAUUAUUUGGCAUCGGCAAUGGCUUCGGCAGUGGCGCUGGCGCCGGCGGAUUUGGGGGCGGUGCAAUGUUACCGAUGCGCACUGAGAGCAGCAACAAUUUCACUGGCAAUGUUAGCAGCAACAGCAGCAGUCCAACCAGUGCGCCACCAAUUGCUUUAGCAGCUGCUAAGCAAGUGAUACAACAGCGACUCUUUUCGGGCGGCGUUCCUGGAGGGACGAUAGCGACGCCACAACGGGCGGUCAUUUGGCAGCCACAAACGGCGUAUAGCACGGCAAGCAUAUUCCAGCCAUUGCCCACAAGCAGUCCAUUCAGGCAACUGCAACAGCAGUACCAGCAGAAGUGCCAGGAGGCACAGCAGCACCAGCGAUUUGCCAGCAGUGCCUUAUUUACGCCACCGCCCUCGCCGCUGUAUGCCCCCAGCCAUGCCCACGUCCAUGCCAGCAGCAACAACAACAACAAUACGAUGCCAAUUAUCAAUUACAAUGUCAGCUCGCGUACGAGACCAUUUCAUAAUCAAGCUCAAGACACUCUUAAUACAUCUGCCUUGCCUGCGGCUAUGUGGCUGAAAUCUUCACCUGGCGGCGAUGCCUCAUUGGGCAACGCAGUGAAAACCUCUACCGCAUCUAUUACGCUCAAAUCGGCGACGUUACCGCGUCGCAAAAUUAAUGCCAAAUCAGAGGUGCAGCUGGAAAUCAAGCCGCGCAUUCCUGAACAGCCUCAGCCGGCGAUGCGCUUCAGCACCGAGAUGCAGCAUCCAGUGGCCGACUUGCGCAGUGCGCCACCUCGCGAGGGUCCCAUACCAUACAGUCCCAUCAAAACCUCGCUGCAGACGCGAGCCACCAGCUUAGAGCCCAAAGAGCACAUCAUAACCAUACAGCGGCCACCAACACAACAAGCUUAUGGACGCACCAACUCCAACACCACAAAUCGUUCUGGUUCGCUGUCACGUCAAUCCACUGCUGAAUCCGAGACGGAAACAGCAACGACCAUGUCGCAAUCAACAGUUACUGGCGGUUCGGGCAUCUCUCAGCCUAUUAAGAAGAGUCCACGCGAAGUAAUUAUACCGAUUUCCGUGGAGGGUAGAGGCUUAAUCACGCCACGUGAGCGCAGCAUUGAGCCUUCCGAGUCAGUUCACACAACCGCCUCCAGCCGCUCAACAUUCAGCCGACUGCGUCCAUCGCAUCGGAUUGGCUCACUCCUCAGCGAGAGCGGGUUCGAUGAGAGCUCGCCAUUCCAAAAGAUGCGCACAACUUCUAUUACUCGUGAUGGCGGCGAUGAUGAGUCGCUUUUUACCCCGCACAGACUUAGGAGCUCGAGGCCUGUCAAGAAAAUUAGCCAGGACAACGAUUCUCAAAGCUCUGGCGAGGAGGAUGACGACGAUGGCUUCGAAAUACUAACCGCAGAGAACUUAUUCUCGACUUUGCUGCAACGUGUGCGUGCUGUUACGAAUCGCAUGAACGUCAACAGUGACCUUACAGCCGGAUUUCCCAGUCAUUCUAGUCGCCUGCUAACGGAUAUCUCGCGGCAGGCACAAGGCCAUAGGUCAUUCUGGGGUCAGGGCAGUCCCUUCGGCAGCCGCCUCAACAGCGCCGGCAACAGCAGCGGUCUCGGUGCACCCUGGCGUCACAGCAUGUCCCGGGACUUGGGUAGCGAAAUGGAGUCGAUGUUCUCACGCACGGGCGCCACGCUGCCAAGAGGUCAUCACUUCAGAAGCAGUGCCAGCAAACCUCGAUCACCGUCAGGCAAUGUGGAGAAUGGAGAGGCCCAGAACACUAUAUAUGCGACUGCAACCGUUGGCACUGACGAAGAGCCGCUGGAUCUGGCCGACUUGGAUCUGUCGCGCUUGCGACUCAGCAAAAAGGAUCUGGAAACGCUCUCUAGCAUUACCCCAGGCCUACCAAAAUCCUUUCAGGAGCAGCUGCUGGCCAAGCUGCCGCCAACGCAGGCCCGCAAAUUAUCUCGCACGCUAAGCGUGCAGAGCGGCGCUGCAACCACCACUCCGGCCAUUAAGUUGUACAAACGCAGCCAGAGCAGCGGUCGUGGAUAUCUGCCGGAGCAGCCAGAGGAGGAUUGCUCACCCAAACCGCAAACGGAUGCGCCCAAGACGACAGCAGCCAGCACAGCCAUCUAUCGACGGAGUUUAAGUCGAGCCCCGAGCCAGGGGCCAGCACAAGAAACGUCUGCAACCGCACAGGCUAACAAAAGCCGCAGCAGCAGCGUAUGCCGAGAUGACUAUGGCAAGUCCUCGUUAUGUAGCAGCAGCUACACUAGCGACAUUAAUGACAAGUAUAAAUACUAUUCUCCAUAUUUGAGUAAGUCUACCAAUGGAACGGCGCUUACGAAGGAGGUGCCGGAAAAGCGUUAUAGUGCUGCGGUGGGGCGUCCACCAAGCGGCUACCUGUCGCCGCCGCCACAAGGUACCAGUGAGGCCGUGGCCGACGGCAGUAGCUCCUUGCGUAGACGCUCCUCGCAGCGUCGAAUCUCACGCUUUCUGCGGCCCGACUUCUUUGACGAACCACGCGAGCGUGACUCUCAGAGUGCCCUACGGGAGAUACGGGAAAGAUCCUGUGACCGCUUAGAAACAACGGAGCAGUACCAUCGCAAGCACAGCUUGCCCAAUGUGGAAUCGGAAGUGGAGCCUGUACAAACAGCAAAACGACAUGCCCGCAACAAGAGCAUGGAGCAGUUUUCUGAUGCAGUAGAAGGACCCCUGAGCGCUGCCCAGCAGCCUGUGACGAGACGAAGCCAGUCACGUUCACGUGAACUUGAAAAAGAACUCGAUAAACACGAGCUGGCCAACAAAAUACUGCAGGAGUUGCAGCUGCUGUCAACGGUGCGCACGCAGAACGAGCAAGAACAGCGUUUGUCGACGGAGCAAUCAGCUGCUGAGACGCCUCGGGGUGACAAAUCUGAAGAAACGUCCACCAUAAAGAAAUUGAAAAAAGCUAAGUCGAAGGAAAAGCAAGCUGAGCUAAGCAACGACCCAGAUGCCAUCGCCACAACAACGACUCCGCUCGUCCGAAAAGUUAAAAAGGUGGUAAAUAAAGCAGCUGAACCAGAAGCAACACAACCCAAUCAGUUGCCUGCACCAAAGGAGACUAAACUCAAGCGACCCAAAUCGUAUCCCAUGAAGGAUCUGGGUCUAAGUCUCAAAGGUAACCCAGAGUUGCCUUUGCCCGAGUCGACUCCGUCAGCGCUGCCAAGCAAACUGCCUAGUAAAUCAACCCCGUCGUCAACAGAGGCAACUGCUGAUCCAGCACAAAGAGAGAGCCGACUGAUGCGUCCCAAAAGCUAUCCAGCCACAAGGUUGACCAUGCCCAAGGAUUUCAGAAAGGUAACUCACAGCGGCGCUGCCAUACCCAGCAUAGCCGAGACUUCGCUAAAGGCGACAAGCGCAUCAAAUUCCAAGACCACGUCGGAAGAAAAGUCAUUAUCAGUCACACCCACAGGUGUAACAAGCUCAAUGACUGAAAAGGACACUGGCUCCUCAUCUGCGGAGUCGCGUCCAACGACCACUAAAAAAAUAAUCAAGGCUUCCAAGAAAUCCAAGCUAGUGCCGCCUACACCAGUGACUCCAUCUACGCCCACAACCACAACAACAACUACACCAGCCGACAGCUCCAAGGAGUCGAGUCCGGUGAUCAAAUCGAAGGAUAAAUCGCCUGAAAAAAAAACCAGCAAGGGCCUGUUCUAUGCCAUAGGUCAAAAAUUCGAGAAGCUCCGUGACUCAGCAAUGAGCAAAGAGAAGAAAGUGAGCACGCCCAGCACAGCGCUGGUUUGCACACAGAAACAAGGCUCGCCAGAAGAGCACAGCUCAGUGGAGAAGUCUACAUCAACGCUGCUGCAAAAGAAGAAGUCCAUGGAUGCAGACAAGCCACAUGAGGCUGCUUCAGAGGAUAAGCGUGUCGACAAGCGAUCGCGCUUUGACACCAUGCUACGCUCGUUGCGGGAACGGUCCGUCCCACGCACUCAGCCCGCUAACAGUGUCAGUCCCAAGCGAUCCGCCAGCGUUGAGGAGCUGCACGCCGACAGCAGCAGCAGCAGCGGAAAACAGAGCGGCGCAGUUAACAAAAUGUUAGGUGGACUUCUGCGACGCUUUGACCGUGAGAAUAGCGAGCAGCGACGCGUGCGAAGCACUCGUUCUACCAGUAACAUUGAGAGACAAGUACGCGAGGAGCAGGACACAUUACUUCCAACCUCGCCCAUUUAUCAAAAUGUGGCCAAAACUAAAGCCAUGGCCGCUGAAGUGAACUGCAACUGUGACACGAUCUGCCCAGACUGCGUACAGAAUCAAAGCGCCAAGGGAAGCAGCAUAGAGAAGACGAUAACAACAACAACGACGACGACGACAUUGACAACCCCGACGAUAGCCAGCUGCAACCUGCAAAGCAACAAAGAGAAACGCAAGGGUCUUAUGCUGGAUCUGAGCAAUCCGACUAGUGGAAACGCCUCAGGAGCCACAAGUGGCACGGCGACAACCACAACCAACACGAGUGGCAGCUACCGUGGCGCUAAGACGAACCCGGCGCUGCUCAAUGGCAACGGGCUGUACUCCAAUUUGCCGCCGUACCCGGGCGCCAUGAAGAGCACCUCCUCCAACAACAGCUCGAGUCAGCAAUCAGUGGAUAAUACUACCAACAACAACUCUGUCAAUACCAACAACAACUGCAGCUCGCAAACUUCGGGCUAUCGCACCUCGUCGGCGCACGAGAUCAAUCGCAAUAACUUGCUGACGCCUUCGUUCGAGAACAUUGCCAACUACUCUUCGGAUUCGAGAAGCUACCAGGAUGACUGUGCCUCGACUUCCACGUUUAUGUCUCCUACCGAAGAGCCUGAGUUGUACUUUGACAAUUGGUCUGUUUGCUCCGAGGACAACUACAUGCUGCAUGCAACGCCCUCCCCGACGGUGUCACGUCUAUCCCGCGCCUCUCAGCUGUCGUCGCCUACACGCUGCUCGGAGAGCUCCGAUCCCAAUGAGAGUGUAAUUGAUCGCAUUAAGCGGCGCAGCUUCUACAGCCGCUUCAACGAGCAAAAGCCCAGACGCACCAGCAGUAUUGUUGGCCCCUCAGCGGUGCGUGACUAUUACCGGGAACAGCAGGCAGCGGUGAAGGCGCGCUCCAGCCAAAAGUUGCAUGCACCAGAGGUAGAGACACGCGCUCAUUCCCCGGACAUUACUCAACAGUUUUUCAGACCAUUAAAACUGAGUCCCGUCGGCACUGAGCUGAAGCCGCCCGUAUAUCGUUCACCACUGGACUAUGCCACCUCUGCGUCUGGUGGAGCAACUAGCAAACCUCGUAAGAGUCUUAACGACAUUCGCAACACAUCGCCAUCGUUCCUAAGCAGACGCUAUGAGCCGCACGAUUAUAGUUCGGUGCCCAUGCGUUACAAAAGUUCCUCCAGCUCCAGUCCCAGCAAUGGCGCCGUAGGCGGCGUCAACGGCUAUUACAACACAUACAAUCCGAAACGUCGUUCUUCAUAUACUCUAAACGGCACUCUGCCCUCCGGCACGGGCAGCAGCGCUGGCGCUAGUAGUCAUUUGGAUGGCUAUGCUACACUGGGAAGACGCUCCAUUCGACCCUAUGACCAUCGCACCAUGUCGUUGUUGGAACAGCCAACGACAGGCACCAGCAGCAGCAGCGCAGGUGGCAGCUACCACCGACGAGAGACUCGCACCCCAGUUCGUGACUACACCUCUAGCAUUUCGCGCUCCGGAUCGCGCUAUCGUACCUCGUCAGCCACGCGGAGUCCCACAAAUAUUUGAUGUUCCACACCGCAGAAUGGCUUCUGC